AUGGUCGAUAUCGGGGUCGUGAAGUGCAAACUCAUCGAGGGAUGGGUUGUCGGCCCGAUAUAUGGGAUGAAUGUCAUCCUCUUCGUUGUCGUGAUGAAUGCGCUCCUCCUGCGCCGGAACACUACUAGUGCAAGGUGGCUACUAGGCAUCAGCGCGCUACAGAUGGCUAUCUCGACCGGUCAUGUGGGUGCACUUCUUGCAAGGACUAUUCGCGCGUUCGUCUUCAUGGAUGGAGCGGCGCGGAUGGCCUAUCUAUCCGAUGAGCGUGCAGCGCUGCAUACGACGGAACAGGCGCUAUACACCUUCAACGACGUCAUUGCUGGUGGUAUUUUGACUUGGCGUUGCUUUGUAGUGUGGCACCAGAAUUGGAGAAUAUGCGCACUCUUGGUCGCAUCCAGUGUCGGGACUGCUGUGUCGGGGAUCGGUAGCAUCGUCAGGCUUACUUUGCUUCCUACAAACCAGAUGGACUUCUUUGACAGCUCGCUCAAAGCGUGGUUUACCGCAUUCUGGGUCCUGUCGGUGUUCACCCAGUCCGGUGCGACCGCGCUCGUAGCGUGGAAGAUAUGGUCUACGAUCUCGUGGCGUGCUCGUGCAGUGGGAAGCCGCGAGUGGCAUGUACUUCUCAUCUUCAUCGAAUCAGGCGCACUGUACAGUAUCGGUACCAUUCUUGUGCUCGCGUUCUAUCUUCAAGGUUCCAACAUCGGAACAAUCAUCGCGGGGAUGCUUGGACAACUGAGUGCCACUGCACCAUACCUCAUCAUUGUACGCAGCGAAGUGCUUCGGCCGGCUUCGUCCUCAGGCAAUGGCAACAAGGCGGCGGCCGAACUUUAUGCACUAAGAGAACUCCCGACUGCGAUGCGCCAGAAUCACUUCAUGGAGAGAUCGUCAGCUUCACUGGGCGCGUCUAUCGCUGUUUCCGAACCCGAGGGGAAGUAG